ACAUUUCCAUUCUGUCAAUGUCACAGACAGCUGAUUCGGUCGUGCUCUGGCUCGUCUGACGAAGCCAAAUUAAUUCGAAUCCCCACCACGUAAAACCAGCUUUCACCAUGGGAACGGCGAUGUUUGCUCGAGUGACUUUUUACCCCACGUUAUUCUACAAUGUGAUGAUGGAGAAGAUCACCAGCCGGCGUUGGUAUGACAGGAUAGAUGACACAGUCAUCCUCGGCGCGCUGCCUUUCCAGGGAAUGACCAAUAAGUUAAAAGAAGAGGAAAACUUAAAAGGAGUUGUGUCUAUGAAUGAGUCCUAUGAACUGAAGAUAUUCUCCAAUGAUGCACAGAAAUGGCGGGAACACGGAGUCGAGUUUCUUCAGCUGGCGACUACGGACAUCUUCGAGACGCCAGACCAGGAAAAACUGUACGAAGGAGUCAAGUUUAUCAAUAGGUUCCUCCCGGUUGGCGCGAAGUUAACCGGCGUGUCGACUGAGGCGGCGCAAGUGAACAGCGGCAGCGUGUACGUGCACUGCAAGGCGGGCCGCACGCGCAGCGCCACGCUAGUCGGCUGCUACCUUAUGCUGAAAAACGGGUGGUCUCCGAAAGAAGCGGUUGAAUACAUGCGCGAGCGCAGACCACACAUCUUGCUGCACACCAAGCAGUGGGAGGCGCUUAGUAUAUUCCACUCGCGGCACGUCAAGCCCUAGCCUUACGGUAGGCCGCGGUCUGAAUGCCAGCGGGACAGUUUAUUGCUGAAUUUUAUAAACGUAAGAUUUUUAUCGAUACUUAUGACAAAUGUGUGCCACAUUCCUAUUCCAUUCAUUGUUACUUUCUUCCAUAUUGUAUGAAAUCUGAAUUUGACAAACAUGAGCUUUUUAUCGAUAGGACAAAAUGUGCCUAGCCUUACGGUAGACCGCGGUCAGAAUGCCAGCGGAGCAAAGUUCAUUGCUAAAUUUUAUAAACGUAACAUUUUUAUCGGUACUUAUGACAAAUGUGGCACACAUCCCUAUUCCAUUCUUUGUUACUUUCCUUAAUGUAUGAAAUCUGAAUUUGACAAACGUGAGCUUUUUAUCGAUACGCAAAUGUGGCACACAACCCUAUUCCAUCCAUAUUUCCUCUUGUAA